AAGGGCAACCUGCCCAUGGCCGCCCGUCCAUGACGUGUUUGCUGUCAAGGCUCUCCUCGAGCAGACUGUACCAGGACAGCGGCCUGCUGGCGGGUGCCUUGCACGGAGCCGUUGCCUUGGACGCGGUGCCCGAGACGCACUACUGCCGCGAGAUGUGGAAGGCGACACGGGGGAUCGGGCGGUUCGACGGCGACGGGUCGCAGUGGUGCACCGCUGCGCUCUCUGCGCUCGUGGGCAUCCCGCUCGACACGAGACUUGAGGUACAGCUCGAUCCUAGCCCCAAGGCGUCGUUGUCGCCACCCACCACUCCGCCAAAGUGAGUGUCCAGCACCACCCUCAUCGGCCUCCCCUUCACCACGUACCCGUCCAGCCGAGGCGCAAGCGGCGCCAACCCUUCCGGCCCAGCCAGCCGAUCCCGACGAUGCACGGACAUCCCCAUCUCCGCCCACACCUGCCUCCGCCCGUGGAUCCAUGUUCCACGAACCCUUGAACGGCGCCACUGUCCGCUCAUCCCCCUUCCUCUUUUCUUUAGCUGCUGCAGCUCGUCCAGCACCUCCUCGCCGCCGGCCCAGAUACCCGCUCGACGUCGCUAUCUCUUCCGCCACGUCCGGUCGUCGCCAUCGGCAACAUCACCUUCCUCCGCAACAUGCUGCGCAAGGCGCUGCGCGAGGCCGUCCGCAACCAAUACGCCCCGCAUCUCUGUCCGUCAGCCCUAACACGAUAACACACCGCGCUCGGAUCCA